CACCUGUUACACUUUCAAACAGGAAAGGGAACAAAUCAAUACACAUUUACUUAAACGAAGUAGCGUCGAGCCGGGUUUUUUUCGACUUGAGACUUAUUUUUGGGAUUUUUUUUUUAUUACACAUCAACCUGAACCUUUAUGGACAAAUUAAAGAAAGUUUUGAGUGGCCAAGAUGGCAAUGACGACCUCAACGUACUGCAGGCAGCGAACGAAGCAUCAACACUGGGAUGGGGCACGCGCGUCAAGGGAUUCAUCGCGUGUUUUGUGUCGGGCGUCUUGUGUUCAGUUUUGGGGACCUGCUUGCUUUGGGUUCCGAGAAGCGGACUGACACUCUUUGCAGUCUUUUACAGUUUAGGUAAUAUUGCUUCUCUUUUAAGCACAAUGUUCUUAAUGGGUCCAUUAAAGCAACUCAAGAGGAUGUGUGACAAGACGAGAGCUCUGGCAACUGGCAUUAUGAUUACAUGCCUGGUGCUAACCUUUUGUGCUGCUUUUUGGUGGAAGAACAAAGGCCUUGCCCUGCUGUUCUGUAUCCUCCAGUUUUUUGCUUUUACAUGGUAUAGCUUGUCCUACAUUCCUUUUGCAAGGGAUGCAAUUAUUAAGUUGUUCUCCGCGUGCUUCAAGUGAGAUGCCUCUACAUUUGGCCUUGGCUCUCUCUCUGUGUGCUGCUUUGGCUCCAGCUUCGGUGCUGCCUUCAAUGCCACUCGUGUACCCACUCUGCAGCCUGGCACAUACACCACACCACACUACAGGCUCCCCUUACUCUCCCCAACGGAUGGACACUCUCCAUCUGUGUGAACAAGUACACACAGACAAGUACUCUCUCUCUCUUACACAAACACACACCUGUGCUUUACAUUCAAGUAGAAAACUAUGAAGAGUGAAACAAAUACCCAAGUAACAAAUCUUAUUGGGUAAAUGGUUG